GGUGUUCAAUAUAAACAGGGUACAGGUAGGUGGGAGAGGAUAACUCUCUGUGAGGGGAAAGUUCCUAUGAAGUUCACAAGCUGACGGUUCGACACCUGUUAUAGUUUAUUCUCAGAUUUAAAUGCUUCUUUUUAAGACGCUUUCUUUCAUUAAUAAAAGUGAUGAAAAUAUUGUACAUUUUCGUUAAAUAUUUAUUAAUUAUUAAUUGAUUAUAUAAGCACGAUAUAAUAAUUAUAUAAGCUCCACAUGGACAAAGCGUCAGUUCUUUGAGUUUUCUUAGUGAAGUGUUAAUGAGUAAAAAAUGAGGAAAUUAAAAAAACUAAUUUUGAAUGUGAGUACAUUAACCACCAUAGGAUUUGGUGGUUAUAUUAUUGGUAAAUAUUCGGAGCAAAAAAGACAUUUGAAUGGGGAAGAUGAAUGUCGAAACGGUAUUUUUUCUAAUGUCAACAUUAAAGGAAUGCCAGGUUUACCCUUAUUUGGAACAGUUUCUGCGGCUACCGCAUUUGUUCCUAGUGAAACUGAAACAAACAUGGGUUCAAAAUUAUCAUCAACAGCUGCAAGAGUAUCUGAAAUUAUGAAAUAUGGUUUUCCUGGAUUAGAUAAUGUUAGAUCAUUUGAAGACUUUGUACUUUCCUAUGAUAGACGGAAUAGGGUAGCGCAUUGGGUAUUUGAACAUUUAACUAAGGACCGAUUGGAAUAUAAUGCUGAAAUAUCACGGAGUAAAUGUGAAUUUAAACCUGAUCUCAGUAUACAUCCUUUCUUUAGAGCUGACAACAGUGACUAUAAACGUAGUGGAUAUGAUCGUGGUCACUUAGCUGCAGCAGGAAAUCAUAAGUUACAUCAAAAUCAUAUAGACCAAACUUUUUAUCUGUCGAACAUGGCUCCACAAGUAGGUCGAGGUUUUAAUAGGGAUUCUUGGAAUAGAUUAGAAAAACAUGUUAGAAGUUUAACUAAAAUUUAUAAGAAUGUGUAUGUGUGUACAGGACCUCUAUAUUUGCCAAAGAAAGAGGCUGAUGGAAAGAAAUAUGUACGUUAUGAAGUUAUUGGUGCAAAUCAUGUAGCUGUACCAACUCAUUUUUAUAAAAUAGUUGUUGGUGAAACAGAUGAUUUAAAAUUAGAAAUGGAAGCAUUUGUAAUGCCAAAUACUCCCAUAGAUGAUAAUGCUCCUCUAACAAAUUUUCAGGUUCCCCCGGAAAGUAUUGAGCGUGCGGCUGGUCUUUUAUUCUUCGACAAGAUAUCACGUGAUAAAUUAUGUAAAAUAAAUGGGAAAGUGAGGUAGACAUAAUAAGUGUAUUUAAAUUAGAUGGUAUAAUGACACUAAACUUUUAAGAAAAAUUAAAUACAAAUAUAAACAUUACAUCUAUUUUCUAGUCAAAUUAUAAAUAAUUUUAAGUAAUGUAUUUUUAUAUAAUUGUAUUGAUAUAAAACUUUCAGUUGAAAU